AUGUCUCGUUAUGGAUUAAUUAAUACUGUAAUUAACCUUGCGUACGAAUUAACGAAUGACAAGAUACACAAUGAUAUACACAAACAACAUAAAUUCAGACGAGAAUUCGUCAAUAAAAAUGAAAAAUUAUCUUUUAAUGAAAAAGAAGAUGCAGUGAAAGUAUUAUUACAAAUUUAUGAUAGUGACAAAGUCCUUUUUAAGUCAGGGGAAACAAGACUAUGUGGAAAUUGUAAAAAAAAUUGUUUGGCCUCCUUAUAUUGUGAAUAUUGUGUUCAAAAUUAUUUAAAGUCAAAUUAUUAUACUUGGACAUCUGGAAAUAACGAUAUUGAUAAUUUAAUACGUAAAUGUCAAUCGGAAACUCUUAAACCAGAUAUGGUCGUCGAAUGGAUCCCAUAUGAUAAGUUAGAAAAUAUUAAUUAUUUAACAAAAGGUGGUUGCUCUGAAAUAUAUUCAGCAGAUUGGAUUGAUGGACAAUACGAGGAAUGGGAUUCUAAAGAACAGCUAUUAAAAAGAUUUGGAAAACAAAAAGUAAUAGUUAAAAAAUUAGAAAAUUUUAAAAGUGCGGACCGAAGUUGGUUUGAAGAGGCUAAAUCACAUUUAUCAAUAUGCAACAAAUGGAUGAAUAUCGUUCAAUGUUACGGAAUAACGCAAGAUCCAAAUGGAGAUUAUAUGCUUGUAAUGAUUAAAAUGGAUACGGAUUUAAGAAAUUACUUAAUAGUAAAACGUGGAAAACUUACGUGGUUUGAAAAAUUCAAGGCCGUUAUCAAUAUAUGCAGUGCAAUUAAUAAACUCCAUAAUAAUGAGAAUGCAAUUCAUAGAGAUUUGCAUUCAGGAAAUGUCUUAUACUCGGAAGAAGAGCAUUAUUGGUAUAUUAGUGACCUUGGUUUUUGUGGAUCUGCAAAUAAACCAUUAAGAAGUAUAUAUGGAAAUCUUCCUUAUAUAGCACCUGAAGUUAUUGUCGGAAAAAAACAUACUGCUGAAUCCGAUAUUUACAGUAUCGGAAUGCUUAUGUGGGAAAUUUCAUCAGGACAACCUCCGUUUUAUGGUUAUUAUCAUGACUUUUAUCUAGUGUUGAAAAUUACAGCUGGUAUGAGACCGCCUAUUGUAUCAGGAACUCCUUCAGAAUAUAAGGAAUUAAUGGAACAAUGUUGGGAUGCAAAUCCAAAAAACAGACCCAAGAUCGAAACUCUCCUUGAUGCAAUAAAAGGAAUCAACAAGAAAUUUCGAGAGAAAAAUAAUAAUGAAUCAUUUCAACAUGAUCUGAAUGAUAAAAAUAAUACUUUGAAAGUAUAUACAAAUAACUCAAAAAUAUCUGAGUUAUUAAUUAAAAGUAAAAUGCAUAGAUUUGAAGAUUUACCAGAACCUAAGAAUGCAUCAGAAGAAGAACAAAAAGCUUUACAUCAAGAAUUCUAUAAAUGUGAUGAUGCAUAUAGUCCAAAUCUUCAUCCGGAAGAACAAGAUGGUUUAGAAAUUCCUGAUAAUAUUGAAUAA